AUGCCGACCCUCGGAUUCCUGAAGAAGAAGCGCACAAAGGACUCGUCGGGCUCCGACUUCACGCCCACCUCGCCCGUCUCCAACACUGCGGGGUUAGGUUCCGCCCUGUCACCACAGCUCUCCAAGAGCAGCAACCUCUUCGCCGAGCCUGAGACAACCUUCACCAACGACUCCGCCCAGUCCUCCGCCACAUCGCCGCCGGCGAGCUCGGGAGGGACAAAGGCCGUGGCGGCGCCGACGAGCAAUAACAAUAACACCUCAAUGAACGCCCAAGCAACGGGCCAGCUGCAGGGCCAGGAUGCCAACGCCAAGACUCAGAACGUGCCCUCCAUCCACAAUCUGAUCCACCCGCCGAACUAUGGCAGCUCCCAGCACACCGACUCCGGCUACGGCAGCAGCACAGACGGCAACGGCAGCGCCCCCGCCCUCAACCUCCCCCAACAACGCGGCAACGCCAACCCCUCCCGCGAGACCAAAGGGAAAUACACCCUGACCGACUUCCAGAUCAGCCGAACUCUCGGCACGGGUUCCUUCGGCCGCGUCCACCUGGUCCAGAGUAAACACAACCAGCGAUACUAUGCCGUGAAAGUGUUGAAGAAGGCGCAGGUGGUCAAGAUGAAGCAGGUGGAGCAUACGAAUGAUGAGAGGCGGAUGCUGCAGCGGUGUAGGCAUCCGUUUCUGAUUACUCUGUGGGGCACAUGGCAGGAUAGCAAGAAUCUGUAUAUGGUCAUGGACUUUAUUGAGGGUGGGGAGCUGUUUAGUCUGUUGCGGAAGAGUCAGCGCUUCCCAAACCCCGUCGCCAAAUUCUACGCCGCCGAAGUCACUCUCGCGUUGGACUACCUCCACAGCAUGAACAUCAUCUACCGCGACCUGAAACCUGAAAACUUACUCCUAGACCGCCACGGCCACCUCAAAAUCACCGAUUUCGGCUUCGCCAAGGAAGUCCCCGACAUCACCUGGACGCUUUGCGGCACACCCGAUUACCUCGCUCCAGAGGUAGUAAGCAGCAAAGGCUACAACAAAUCCGUUGACUGGUGGUCCCUCGGCAUCCUGAUCUUCGAAAUGCUAGCGGGCUUCACCCCGUUCUGGGAUUCCGGCAGUCCUCUGAAAAUCUACGAAAACAUCCUGAAGGGACGGGUGAAGUACCCACCUUAUAUCCACCCCGAUGCGCAGGAUUUGUUGAGUAAACUGAUCACGGCGGAUCUUACUAAAAGACUGGGGAAUUUGCAUGGGGGGAGCAGGGAUGUGAUGACGCAUGCGUGGUUUGCGGAGGUGACGUGGGAGCGGUUGUCGAAGAAGGAUAUCGAUGCGCCGUAUGUGCCGCCCGUGAGGGGUGGGGUGGGCGAUGCGAGUUUGUUUGAUAAGUAUCCGGAGGAGACGGAGGCUUAUGGGCAGGGGGGAAGUGAUGAGCAUGGGAAGCUGUUUCCUGACUUCUAG